GAAGCCAGCCUGGACGCCCACUUCCGGCCGUCCCAGGCGCUUUGCUGGCGCUGGUAGGCUUGGGGCCCCCACCGCCCCUCUCCCUCAGGGUCGCGCGGGCUCCGCCCGUUAACGGAAACGUCUCCCUCUUCACCCUGCCCCCUAGCAGACGCAGUGCUGCGCCCACAGCUGCCGGACAAAGAGUGACGCCCGGAGUUGGAGUCAUGGCGGCAAGUGAGCCGAGCUUGGCAGUAACCGAGAGCCUCGCGCCGCUGUCGGGGAAAGAGGAAGGGGCCAGCUUGAGCUCAGGCCCGGAGCGUAAUUCUACGGGCUUCUCCUCGACUCCUGAGACCCCACCGCCUGCCCCCGAAUCGUCCAGCCUCAACGCCGCGGUCCCCGAAGCGAAUCCUACGUUUCCCGCGGCGGCCGCCGCCGCCGCCCUGGAGCUGCCCCUCGGGCCCGCACGCCUGGCCUCCGCGCCGUUUGCCGAAGCCGCUCCGCGAUCCCCCCCAGGCCCUGGCGGCUCCCGGCCCGGCCCGGAGACGUUCCGCCAGCGAUUCCGGCAGUUCCGCUACCAGGACGCGGCAGGCCCUCGGGAGGCGUUCCGACAGCUGCGGGAGCUCUCCCGCCAGUGGCUGCGGCCCGACAUCCGUACGAAGGAGCAGAUCGUGGAGAUGCUGGUGCAGGAGCAGCUGCUCGCCAUCCUGCCUGAGGCAGCGCGGGCCCGGCGGCUCCGCCGCCGCACGGACGUGCGCAUCACCGGCUGAGCGGCAGAGCUGCGGGCGGCCCGGCCCGGGCGCUCGCUGGACUAGAGCCAUGAUCAGAUCCGAGGCCCUGAGCCUGGCUCCCCAUUACGCGUUAAUGAAAAAUGAGUUUUGGCAGUUCCUGCAGUCUCGUGUGUCCUUUUCGUUCGUCCUUUACCGUGCUUAUUUUCCCGAGCCUAUUUCCAACCUCCUUUCUGGCUGGUGGCGAAACCAAGUUGGGAGUCCAUGAGAAUAAAGCCUUUGUUUCUCAUUCA